AUGUCAUCAUCUUUUCGUGCCUCUCCGUGGGUGACUUACGAACCAACAACAACAUCGUUUUCCAACCGCCAACAAGUCUCAGAAAGCGAAAUGGACGACGAUAUUGAUAUGGAAGCUCCCCAAAUAUCCACUCUACGGGAAGAGGAGACUCCUCCUCCCCAGCCUCCCAAAAAGUUGGUCAUCAAUCCCCGGAAACGACCCGCUGCUACUCCUGCGUCGACUGAGCCGUGGAGUGGCACUAAGAAAAAGAAAGAGAGCAACGAAGAAGAAGAAGACGAGGAACUCAUCGACGAGCUCAUUGAUGAUGACGAUGACGAAUUGGCCAAGCCGUCGCCCUCAUCGCAACCAGGACGUUCGACGGAAAGCACUUCAAAACGCAAGCUUUCUGUGAAGAAAAAGGCCCGCAAAAGCGACAAGAAAACGACGGAGGGAGAAAAGAAGGUAAAAGAGAAGGGUUCUCAACCAACGGGUGCGCACAAUCUUGCGCCAACCAUGUCCUGCUUUAAAGCAAAUUUGGCGGAAUCUCACGAGGAUAUAGAAAUCGUAAACAGCUCACCGACCAAUCAUCCCGGCGGCGAGUCUUCUGUUCCGAAGGCAAAGAAGAAGGCCUCCCCUCGCAAGCCUCCCACUGUCCCGCGGCCAAAGGCCAAAGUGGCAAAGCAAAAAUCUGCAAUUCCACCCCUGCUCAUCGAAGACACGGCGGUGCUUAGUGAAAGUUACGCCGGAACAGCAGCCUCGUCACCUGUCACCGCUCAGUUCGAGCAAAAUUCUCCGGAACCGGAAAACAUUGCUCCAAGCUCUCCCAAUGCUGCAUCUGCCCCCUUGAUUGAGGAACCGAACCUUGAAAACGUGCCGAUUCCUGUAUACCCUUUACCAACAAAACCCUUCCCUGUUCAACCUCCGCAGAAAAUAGUAACUGGCUUUGCGCCGCUGAUACCUCUUGACAGAAGUAACAAGAAGGUGAGGCACUGGCGCGAGGCCAACCGGGAAAUACGUGGCAUUGCUGGUGGCCACUGGGUUACUCGUUCCUGGGUUGGUUGCAAAGAGUCUGAAUACUCCGCUCAUGUCGCUGCUACGAACCAAGCAAAAAUAGGAGGAGACGAGAAGGCCAACACAGUCGCUAUCCCGAAACUGUCAUCAGUGUCCAUCUCUGCCCCAGUUCCUGGCAAGGCUUUGAACAAGUUGAAAGUUUCUUCUAAAUCUGGUUCAACUGUAACCUCUGCCAAUGCAUCUCGCGCGACUUCCGUCGUCCCGGAACCGCAAAGCAUCCCAAUUACUAGUACAGUACGAGCGCCGACAAAAAUGCGCAUUCUUCAGCUUGCACCUUCUUCAGAAGGAGGCGACUCCGACUUGGCUCCCGCUCAUGACACAUAG